AGAUUUAUAGAAUUAACUAUAAAUCCAUUUAUUUUAGCCAGACUUAAAUAUAUUUUAUUUCUGAGGAUUUUUUCGGAAACACUAUUCCGGAAUCCUACCGGAAAUAAGUUGGCAAAUAGAAUAGCAUUUCCUUUUAUGACGAGGCAAUUUCGGGAGAACGGUGAGAUAACAGUCGAGACAACAUUUUAAUUUUUUAUAAGAUUCAGAAGCUACGGAAAAUAAGUUAAAUUGUAGAAAAAACAUGCCAAAAGAAAAAUCAACGAGGGCGAAAAAGAAGAAGGGAGGUGAUGUUAUGAGAAAGGGGCGAACAAAUAAAAAUGUGGAAGGACCAGUUGAAUUUCAAGAGCAGACGACAAUGGAGACAUCAACAAAUAACGGAUUUGAGGGAGAAAUGGAUGUAUCACCCAGAGAUGAACCAUCGGGAUUCCGCAUGGAGAAUUCCAGGGAAACCAUUCGAGGAAUUGGCUCCACAAGCAAACAAGAUACCAGAAAAAAUACCAGUAGAAUUUCAGCAGUUGAUGUUAGAAAUGAAGUAAACAACUUGUUACAUCUAGCAACAGCCCCAAAUACUCAGGAAACAUACAACCAGGGACUAAGAUGCUUUGAGGAAUUCCAGGAUUCCCUAAACCUUAGCAAAAUAUGGCCCCCUACGUUAGAGCAAAUAGUUCUAUUUAUAGGUUAUAUGUCAGCAAAACAUCUCUCAGUGGCAACAGCUAGAACUUACAUUUCAGCUAUUUCUUACAAACUAAAAAUUCAAAACAAUAGGGAUGAAACUCAAAGCUUUCUGGUUAAGAAACUCUUAGAAGGAUUCAGAAGAAAGGUCAAGAAAAAUGAUGCCAGACUGCCAAUUACAUCAAAUAUAUUAAAUCAAAUACUACAAAGUUUGCACUUGGUUUGUACAAACUACUAUGAAUGCAAACUGUUUCAAGCCGCCUACACUUUAGCAUUUCUUGGUUUCUUUAGAGUUGGAGAAAUGACAGUAAAAAACCAAAAAGAUCUGGGACAUGCAAUUGAAUAUGAAGACAUAACAAUGUUUACAGAAGAAAAUAAAAUCCAAAUAAAAUUAAAGCAUUCCAAAGUGGAUCAAAUAGGGGAAGGAGAAACAAUUACUAUUCAGAAUAGCCAAUUUGGGUCUCAAAUACAACCAAUUAAGAUUAUUCAAGAAUAUCUAGCAAUACGACCUUCAGUGCAGGGGAAGUUGUUCUGUCAUUUUAGUGGACAACCAUUAACUAGAUACCAAUUUACGGCAGUUUUAAAUAAAGUUUUGUCGAUAAUAGGGUUAGAAGGUAAAAAAUACAAGUCUCAUUCAUUUAGAAUUGGGGCAGCAACCAGUGCAGCAAUGUUUGGUAUGUCAGAGGAAGAAAUCUGUAAAGCAGGAAGAUGGAAAUCUAAAGCAUACAAAAUUUAUGUUAGGAUGUAAUCAUAAUAUAAAUGUAGGUGUAACCCUUAAGACUGUCAUAUGUUUAAGUAUAUAUGAAAAUGGUUUCAAGUCAUAUAAUUAUAUAAUCUUGUCAUGUCUCUAUAUAUACACUUUCAGAACAACAGGUAUGGGUAGUGGGCUCAUCAAUAGUCAAAAGAGCAUUUUUAGCAGCUAGAAUCAGACCAGAUGGAGUUAACUUGGGACUAAUGGAUAGAUUAAAUGUGUCUAUUUGGUGGCAAGGAAAAGGGGGUAUGGGCUGGUAUGAAAUGUACAACAAGAUCAAAACAUUGCUGAAAGUUGCUGACCCUCCUGAUUACAUUAUUCUACAUUGUGGUGGUAAUAAUAUUGGGUACACACCAAUCAAACAGCUUAUACAAGAUAUGAAAGGUACAAUUGACAAAAUUUGGAAACUUUUACCCAAUACAAAGCUUGUAUGGUCACAAAUAUUGCCUAGAAAGAACUGGUAUUCAUCAGAUAGCAUAGAAAAAAUGAAUAAUUCUGCAAAAAGAAUCAACAGUUCAGUGGCGGCUUAUAUAGUAAGGAAUGGGGGAUGUUAUAUCAAGUAUUUGGAUAUCAAACUUGUAAACACAAAUCUUUUUGAGGCAGAUGGGGUCCAUAUAUCAAAUAUAGGCAAUGAAAUUUUUCUCAACAACAUUAGUGCAGGGUUAGAACAAUUUAUAACGAAUGGAUGGCAAGUGUAUCCAAAGUUAUACUAGAAUUUGGACGGAGUAUUUUGUGGCAAGGUCUUGGCUCCAGGAACUAGCCGCUUCCCCCCCCCCCCCCUUGGUGGCGGUGGCUUCAAUGGUUAAUAUUGUAACCAUUUCCGCCAUGUGGAAGAAUGCGCGUCUGGUUCCUGUGAUUGGACAUUGAAUGAUUUGAUUGGACAAUAUUGUAUGUAUUGAAUUAUUUGGUGACAAUUUGGUCACAUAUAUAUAUGAUACACUUUGAUUGCCGCUCACCGGAAUCAUAGUCAUAUGGUUUUUUGUUUAAUUGAAAAUUGACAUUUUAAUGAUUGAUGUUUGGGGGUGAUUGCAAAUCGUCUCAUUGCCGUCAACCGGAAUGAGAAGAUCUGCGAAAUUUGUUGCUUGAUUUUAUGAUAUAACAUUAGGCAAUGAUGUGUUUUUGGCCUGUACCAUUUGGGUGUCAAUACACAGGUGUAAUUUACAUGGUAAAAUUUUAAUGUAAAACUUUAAAAUUUUACUCAUUGCCUAGUUGCCAAGACCAACAACAGCCACAAUGGGGAGGGGGGUGUUGUUAUAAAAUACAAUAAGUGCAAAAAAUAAACUUGUAUAUAGGUAAACAUAAUGUUAUGUCUUUAUUUCCAUCCCAGGACAAGGUCAGCUUACAAGUACAAUGUACACUACAAACUGCUAUCAUUUUGAAGUUUUGCAAGGCUGGUCUAUAAUAAU